UCUCUGUUCAUUUUUUACCAUUAAAACAUACCCUCUUAUAAUGUAGUUCUUAUAAGGUUUGUGUUUUUAAUUCCUAAAAAUGUUUGCUGAAGUCUUUACAAUUCUUUGCUUGUGUGUUAUGUUUUUAAUGAUAAACAUGAGCAGGCUUCGAGUAAGGUUUUUGUUUCAUCCCUGUGUUGGCCCUGUAUGUUACUCCCAUAUGUUACCUUUGCAUAUUACCUCUGUAUGUUUGCUCUAUAUGUUGCCCCUGUAUGUUAUCCAUAUGUUGUUGCCCCUGUAUAUUACUCCUGUAUCUUACCCCUGUAUGUCACCCUGCAUGUUACCCUGUAUGUCACCCUGUAUGUUACCCUGUAUGUUACCCUGUAUGUUACCCUGUAUGUCACCCUGCAUGUUACCCUGUAUGUUACCCUGUAUGUUACCCUGUAUCUUACCCCUGUAUGUCACCCUGCAUGUCACCCUGUAUGUUACCCUGUAUGUCACCCUGCAUGUUACCCUGUAUGUUACCCUGUAUGUUGCCCUGUAUAUUACCCUGUAUAUUACCCCUGUAUGUUGCCCCUGCAUGUUACCCUGUAUGUUACCCUGUAUGUUGCCCCUGUAUAUUACCCCUGUAUGUUGCCCCUGCAUCUUGCCCCUCUAUGUUGCCCCUCUCCCUUGCAGCAUGCCCUCCUGAGUUCUGGGGGUCAGACUGUCGUGAGCACUGCCCCUGUUACCCUCAUGGGCGUUGCGACCCUGUGACGGGCAGGUGCACGUGCCUGCCCUCCCGCUGGGGCGACGUGUGCCAGCACACGUGCAGAUGCAGCCGGCAUGGCCGCUGCAACCCGGCGAGUGGCAACUGCACGUGUGACGAGGGCUGGUGGAGUGUCACGUGUGGCAAAGCGUGCAUGUGCCACCCCAGUGGGGCGUCGGCUUGCCACCCCUCCACGGGCCACUGCCUGUGUCAGCAAGGCUUCUGGGGGCAGAAGUGCAGCCUGCGCUGCAACUGUUACCUGUCGCAAUGCCGACAGCACUCGGGCGCAUGCGUGUGUCUGGAGGGAUGGUGGGGCGUGACCUGUGACCGCCGCUGCCUCUGUGACCUCGAACACGCCACGUGCAAGGCCGACUCCGGCGAGUGUGUGUGCCAGCCGGGUUAUAGGACCCCCUUCUGCCACGAGCCCUGCACUGAUGGCUACUACGGGACGGGCUGCACACAGAGCUGUGGCCACUGUGCGGGAGGCAGGCCGUGCUCUAGGGAGGAUGGCUCAUGUGACGCGUGCGCUCCAGGAUGGAACGGCUCGCUCUGUGACCAAACCUGUCUGCCUGGUUACUAUGGCACCCACUGCCAGGAGGUGUGUCCUCACUGCAGGGGGGAGGAGCCAUGUAAUGCGGUAACAGGGGUGUGUUCAAGAUGUGACCCUGGAUGGACUGGACCGAGGUGUGACCUGCCCUGUCAAAAUGGCACAUUCGGUGACGACUGCAGAUUCCCGUGCGGCCCCUGCUUUCAUGGCCACUGUGAUCAUGUGACAGGAAGUUGCAUUUGCCAGCCUGGUUUUCAGGGCAGAAGGUGUAACAGUUCGUGUCCGCGUCACCUGUAUGGGGUAAACUGCUCCUCGGCGUGCGACUGUGCAGGGGAGGCGUGUGAUGCUACCAGUGGCUCCUGCCCCUACAGCAGACGUGCAGGCCUCCUGGCUGGACUCCUUGUCCCUCUUCUACUUCUAGUUAUUCUCGCUCUGCUCUUCUGCUGCUGCUGCUGUAGGAGUUGCACUGGCGGGAAAGACAGGGUGGUGGUGGGAGAUGGAAGAGCACCCGGGGGCAUGAAGCACCACGUCUACACGGCGCUGGCCAACAUGACCGUGGCGGUGCCCUGCCUCACCCUUUGGUCCUCGGGGUUGCCCAGGGUCACAGUUUCUCACCACGACCCCGAGCUCACCUUCAACCACAGCUUUAUAGAGCCGCCAUCGUCCGGCUGGGUCAUGGACUCCUUUGAACCUGACGAGGAUGGAGAAGCUGUGUACCAUGUCCCUCCCAUAGAAGACGAGGCAGUGGUGUUGGGCGGGGAGCUGAGCUCCAAGUGUAACGUCUUCCCCGACCCGUCUGCGUUCAGUGGCGAGGACAUGAGUCUGGCCUUUGGUAUUCCACGCACCUCCAGCAUGGCCAAAUCCAAGCGCCCCUCUGUCUCAUUCGCAGAGGGCACCAGGUUCGGCCCCAAGGAGCGCCGCGGAUCAUCCCAGGAGCCUCCUGUCACGGUUGCCGCCGCCCGCAAGCCCAAAGGCCCCUGGGGGGUUCUCAUGCUCUCCACCCUGCAGGGGGCGCCAGGGAGCCCCGUGGAGGUGGGAGGGGAGAGAGAGGAAGUCAGCGAGGAGGUCAGCUCCGUAGAGGCGCAGGCGGACCCCUCGCUCGAGCCACUGCAGGCAGAGUCGCACUCGCACCUCGCCCUCCCCGCCAGCAGGAGGCGCACCAUGUCCAACGGCAAGAAGAGUCUCCAGCCGCAGGUGUCCGGCGAAGGGCGGGAAGCAGACGUGGAGAAGGUGACCACCAUCUACGCGACCUUGGGCAAGGUUCCUCGGCCGGCAAGCGCCUCCGAGGGGCGCGUGCAGGCUGUACUCCGCAGACUUGGCAGCAUCCAGAGACAGCGAGAGCAGACAGGACGGCCCCAGGACAGGGCCGUGGCCCUGGUGAAGCCUCUGCGGAAGAAGCUGGGGUCUCGGGCCAGCGUCUGGGAGCAGGCGGCGGGAGCAGUUCCUCACGUGGCGAUGAGGAAGCCUAGCCGUAGGAAACACAGCUCCCUCGGCGCUCCGUACGCAGGGACGGCUACAGACGACACACAGGAGAACAGCGCCCCCAAGAGGCCGCUUUCUUCUAUACUCAACAGUGUACCUGAAGGCCCUGCACAGGGGUCAGGGGUGAACAGUGACCCGAGAGAAGCUUCUGAGGGCCACACUGACACAGAGGCACUGUACGAUAAUGUAGCUCCAUCAGACGAGGCGUCUGUGUCGUCAGAGGCAGUGCAGGAGGAAGGGCCCAGUUAUGAGAAUGUUUAUAUAAGGCAUGUGUGAGGUUGAUGUAGCCAUUUUAAAUAUAUUCCUUGGUUUUUGUUUUUUUUUAAACAAAUUGGACAAAUGGGACUUUUGAAACCUCAGAAGAAGAUGGGAAUUACAUUUACAUUUACAUUUUCUGCUCUUAUCCAGAGCAGAGCAACUUUCGUUAAUGACUCCUCCGUAAAUUGUAUAGACAUGUUGCCAUUUAGUGUCUCUCAGAUGCUGGUUUACUUUAUAGUAAAUGUUUAAACAUUUGUUAUUCUUCUCAAAUCUUCAGAAAUUAAGUUUCACUCCCGACAGUGGAGCUUCUGAUUUUUUUGUCUAAUCAAUCAUUUAUGUGGUAAUAAAAAAGGAUUCCAUCAUAAGUGUAA